AUGUGCCAUGAGGACAAAACCUUUGAUCCAAACGACAGAGAAACAACCCGUGAUUCUGCAGUACCAAGGCCAUCCCAAUCUGAAGCCUUGGACACUCCUGAGAUUCCUUCUUCUGAUGCAGUGCGCGGGCGUGCAGGUGAAGUUGUGGUGGACUCAGUGUUUGAUGAUGACGAUGCAGUUGAUGCCUCUUUUCUUACAACCAUGGAAGAUCAAGUGGAUUUGACGCACGAUGAUGGACAAAGUGCGCCUGUGACCCCACCAGUUGGUCCUAUGCAAUUGCCUCCAACUCCACGACAGCCUCAUUCAACUAGAACUCAUGAAGGCCAAGGAGAUGCAGAACAUGAGGUUAAGAAAGCAAAAGUAGGAGAGCAAAAGAAGCAGAGAAUCAACCAGCUGAUGCAACAGCACGAGUCCAUGAUACGUGUUGUCAAGGUUGGAACAGAUGAGUUUGCAACAAUGGAUGACUAUUCCACUGAGCUUGACAUUAACGUUGAUGUUCCGGAUGAUGAACUCUGGCGUGAUGAGGAUCAAGUGCAAUUUGGUGAAGUUCCAGAUGCUCUUUGGUCCAAUCUCCCAUUGGACAGGCCUCCUCCAACUCCUGAGCCUUGGGUUGAUCAACUUGCAGAUGACGAAAUUGAAAUACAAAGGAUGUGGUCAGAGUGUUUGGAAAGUGGAUCCAAUGACGCUGACUAUGAUGUCACACUGGCGCCACUGGAUAUCAAGGAUGCUUUCCUCCAGGUCCCUCAGGAGGAGAUUGUUGGUGUCUCCCUCUAUGGCAAAGAAUUGGUGAUCAAACGUCAAUUGGAGCAGCGCAUCAAUGAAUUGAACCAGAGGGUUGAGUUUGCAGAAGGUCUUGCUGACCGCAACAAAGCUGAUCUACGAGAUGAAACCAUGUAG